GCUCCGGGUCGUGGACAGAGGUGGCUUGCGUUGACAGCGGCUGGCACUGAGCGAAGUACGGCGGUACAGAAUAUCGUCCGUUUGGGUUUCUUUUAGGGGUUUCACGUUUCCAAAAGUUGACAUCUGCAAGUAUGCAGUCUGAAUCGGGAAUAGUUCCCGACUUCGAGGUUGGAGAGGAGUUCAAAGAGGAACCUAAAACGUAUUACGAAUUGAAGAGUCAACCCUUGAAAAACAGCGGCCCGGCGGAGCAGCACAGCUCCUCCAAGCCCCCGCUGAGCUCCUCGGCCGUGACAUCACGCAUCCUGCUACGGCAGCAGCUGAUGCGGGAGCAGCUUCAGGAGCAGGAGAGGCGGGAGCAGCAGAGACAACAGGCCUCCCUGUACCCACAAACCACGGUGGCCCAGACCCCCGCCAUCAAUGUCAGCGUCCCCGCCACGUUAGCGCCUGCUGCCCAGGUGCCAAUGGAGGUGCUCAAGGUCCAGACUCAUCUGGAGAACCCAACCAAGUACCACAUCCAGCGCUCCCAGCAGCAGCAGGUGAAGCAGUACCUGGGAAAGCUUGGCUCUCAGGUGUUGAGCUUUCCCUGCCACAACCAGUCCUCUGACCACGGGGGCAUGCCGCCAGGGCCGGGCAACAGCGCCCCCAACAGCCCUAUGGCCUUACUGACCCUCAACACUAACUGCGAGAAAGAGAUGGAUGAUGUCAUUGAUGACAUUAUUAGUCUGGAGUCCAGUUACAGUGAUGAUAUCCUCAGCCUGAUGGACCCAGGACUUCAGAUGGCUAACACGAUCCCCUUGAAUGCCAACCUCAUGGACAUGUAUGGUAAUCAGAGUAUGUCCCAGCAAGGUCUACCCAUCAGCAACUCCUGCCCUGCCAACAUCAAAAGGGAAUACUCUGUUUCACAAUCCCCGACCAUCAUGCAUAUGAUGGAUAAGUCUGGUUCCUGCGGCAAAUUUGACAACUACCAAAGGCCUGAAGGGUUCCCUGUGGCAGAGGUAAGAGCAAUGGCAAAGGAAAGGCAGAAGAAGGAUAACCAUAAUUUGAUUGAGAGAAGACGACGGUUUAACAUCAAUGAUCGAAUUAAGGAAUUGGGCACUUUGAUUCCUAAAUCCAAUGACCCGGACAUGCGCUGGAACAAAGGCACCAUCCUGAAGGCAUCAGUGGACUACAUCAGGAAACUACAGCGGGAACAGCAGAGGGCCAAGGACCUGGAGACUCGCCAGAAGAAGCUUGAGCAUGCCAAUCGACACCUGAUGUUGAGGAUACAGGAGCUAGAGAUGCAGGCGCGGGCUCACGGUCUGGUCAUCACGUCUUCAGCACUCUGCUCCGCUGAACUUGCGGCCCGGUCCAUUAAGCAGGAGACGGCUCUGGAGGACUGUCGCCAGGACCUGUACACGCUCCACCCCCAUCACCAACACCACACGUCCUGCACUCCAGAACCGCUCGGCACCUUGGAACUAAACGAAGGCCACUCCAACUUCCCAGAGGGUCACUACAGCAUUCACGGGAAGCCAGGCUCCAAACUCAACGACAUCCUCAUGGAAGAUACCUUAUCACCGGUGAGAGGGGGGGACCCUUUGCUCUCGUCCGUCUCCCCAGACACCUCAAAGGACAGCAGUCGUAAGAGCAGUGUAAGCAUGGAUGAGAAUGAUCAGGCCUGUUAGCACCCCCUACUGGAAAACACCUCGUCUGCAUCCCCAACCUUCCUGCUGCAAGUGUUCCCGUCAGUAGCUAACACACUCCCAGCUGCUGGAGAGGCCUUUUUUUCUGUUUGUGUCAUUUGUUUUUUGUGUCGUUUUUUCUCUUCCCCUCCCGUGUUUACAUGUAUUGAAUAGUUUCCAUUCAUGUUUUUGCUAGUUUUUAUGCGAUUUCUUUGGUCUUUUUAAACCCUCAACCUUGAUUUCAAGGACUGAUUAUAAAGUAGGUUUGCUUUAAUCAAUACUUUGACAAUGAGUUGCAAACAUAGACUUUUUUAUUUAAAAGAAAUGCAUUUAUCUUUGAAUAGAGGUUAAAUUGUGUGUAUUUCUAUUGAUUCCAAAGAAUCUAGGGAAGUUAUGAAUCAUGGUCAGAAAUGUAGAUUUUUGGGUUGAGAUGAACACUGCUUUUUAAAUCACUAGCAAUAAUAGAAGAAAUAAAAUCUAUUUAUUACUAUAGUGCUUUACACUUGUGUCUUAGAUUGAACUUGAAUGUGCCAAUGCCUUAUUAAGAUGUGUAUACAUCAGUGUUGUAUUGCUAUGCACAUUUUUUGGCUGUUAGCUGAGUCGUUGUCAGGCUUCCAGUUGAAAUUUCUUCCUCGACAAAUAAUCAUUUGUAGAUUUGAUCUUAUUUAUGCAUCUGUAAACAGGACUUUAUGUACGCAUUUCCCUUUUAAAAAAAAAUAUUUUUAACAAGGCAUUUAAAUUUAAAUUUUUUAAAUAACUGACAUAAUAAAAAGCACAUCAAAUAUAGCAAACUAAAAUGUGUCCUUCAAGUUAAUUAAAAAGAAAAAAAAAAUCACCAUUGACAAUGGCUAAUUGUAGUCUUUUACUCAGUGUCAUAAUGAGCAAGAAGCAGCACAACAAUCCAGAAACAAAAAGAGAAAAGUCAAGUUUGACUGCACUGUUGCAUCCUGUAACCAUCCAGUUCUGACUGCUCAGCAUGUGUACCAUUAUAUACAUUCCUCACUGCCAAAACCAAUUGUAUUUUUCAUAAUGCAGUCUCAAAACUAGUAAAAUCGUAGCUCAAAUUAAAAAUGCCUGUUGUAGCCCCCACUCAAGCACAAUAAUCUGAUUUCACUUGAAAGAUCUGAUUGUUGCAUAAUUCUAGAAAUCUUUGAUAGAUGAUUAAUGCAAGAUGAACCACUUAUGUUUUAUUGUAUUCUUGUCUGCAGUGAUCAGACUAACAGAACUGGUAAUACUGCUACUAUUUUAGCACACACCGUGUAAUACCUUGGACAUGUGUUGAUGCAAGUGCUGAGUUUUUAUAAAUGUCCAUCCAUUUCCUAAAUUAUUAUUGUUGUUUUUACACCACUUAGGUGACAUUUCACAUUCAGGAUGUUUUUUUGUUUUUUUUCUCAUUAAGUGAACAUUUAUAUUGCCAAGGAGUAUAAGGAGACUGCUUUGGGAUUUUGUAUGAAAUGCAUGUCAUGUCAAAACACUGGAAUGACCUCUGUAAUUUGAAACGCGGUUUGUUUGCCUUUUUUUUUUUAUCUAAGCAUAAACUAACUAUUGUAUUUGGCUUUUCAAAUGCAUACAAAAUAUUGUAUGCGAUUGUAGAUUCUUCAUGGUGUACUGUUGUAUAUUAUUUCAGCAGUUUGUUUCAACAGUUGUAGCACAUUGCAUACGUAUGCCUUUGUUAAUAACUACCUGCCAUACUUUGAGAGCCCUGUUACAGCACAGCCUCCAUUUUGUUAAACUAUGCAAUGGUUGAAGUUGUGCCUGCACAGCAGCAUCGUCGCUAGAUAAUGUGAUCUCCUUAUGAAUUAGUCUGAAACAGUGUCAAAGUAUUUAUCGUUUUGAUUGAUUUAAGUGCCUUAAAGUCGUUUAUGUUACCCUGGUGAUGUAAGAGGAGUUGUAGACAGUGAUGCAAAAUGUUGUUGAUGCUUAUACUGGUGUUUGGUGCUUCAAGGAUUAACUGAAGAGUGUCAAAGUAAUUUAGAAAGCAGUAGGAAAGGGCCGUCUGUCAGUACAAGAUAACACUAUAACCCUCUCAGACUUAAGACAUGGUUUGUUAUGAUGGAACCCCCAAGUGUUCAGUACUUAAUAAAUAAGGCAUUAAUAAAUGAUCAUAAAAGUAAAUAGAGUUAAAUGUGUAAGUAAACCAAUGAAUUCUGAAAUAAUUUAAUAAAUUAUUAAAAGUCA